AUGUUGUCCCCCCUAACUCUGUUGCUAGUGAUAUUUCGGAUAGCUGCUGCAAACCUUAUAGCAGAGGUAGCUCAGCGACCAAUAUCAGGCAAUCUCACCACUGAGGCCCGAGCACUUAACUUCCUCAAGUGCAUGGAGGUGAACGGAUUUCACAACAACACGCCAGUACUGACAGACACAAGUGGGGCCUUGGUUAUUUAUGCCAACAGCACAUUCGUCAAUAUUACAGCAGUCAAUACAGUAUUUGAUAUGUGCACUAGUUAUUAUUCCGGCACGCUGGCUGUCACCCUAGCUGUAGCCGAGACUUUAGACCCUAGCGAAUCUUACUACGCGUCCCUCGGUGACGUCCUGUCAGGCCGUGUACCACUACCAGCCCUUACGGUAAAUCAACCUAUCUCGGGGGAGAUUGAUCGAACUGACUUGAACCUGACUCGGAGAGCUAAUGCAUUCGACGGCAAGUGGUAUGAAUUUUCGGAUCCGGCCACAAUGACUGUGCCAGCUCAGACCUGCUGCUUACCUAUACAGACGAAUGCGUCACAGUCGCGAACCCAUUCCCUUCGUAUCGAGCGCGUAACCCUAAUUCAGUCAAUAUGA